CAGCUCCAUACCUCAUCAUCUAGGUUCGAGUAGUUGGCUUUCACAUGGACAUCCGAUAAAUUGAUAUAGUCCCAAUACACUCGUUCGCAAUGUCGCACAGUAAACGGAACACAUCAAGAGCCGUCUUCACCUCACACGAACGAGAGCAAGCCAAGAAAGCAUGGUCAUCCACAUCAGCGCGUCUGUCUCGCGACUCGUUCCUCCCCUUCGCGUCAUGUCGUCUCUGUCUCGAGCCAGCUGAAGACCCGGUAGCAUGCCCGCACGGUGACAUAUUCUGCCGCGAAUGUGCUUUGAACAAUAUCCUCGCGCAAAAGAAGGAGAUCAAGCGUCUGGAAAAGGUGCGGGAGGCUGAACUACGGGAAAGCAAGGAGCUGAAGGACCAACAAGAUGCCGAGGCGCGCGAGAGGGCCAUCAAGGAGUUUGAGAUGACACAGAACGGUCUCGACGUCAAGAAGGACCAUCGAUCACAACCCACCGAUGGUGCUGUCACGAGUACGACCGAAGUCGAGACCAAUGGGCAGAACCGCGCCGGGAAGAGGAAGUUCGAGAUGGACGACGAGGAGCUGCAGCGCAUAGCGACCGAGGACCGUACAAAAGCACGAAAAGCCCUCGACGACGAGAAGGCCGCCAAGCCGACGUUGCCCUCCUUCUGGACACCUUCGGUCACCCCGUCGUCUAAUUCGAAGGAUGCGCUGCAUGAUAUAGUCAAGAAGGCGAAAAGUAACCCCAUAUGCCCCGCCGCCCCCGAGGACAAACCGCAUGCCUAUUCCCUACAUGCGUUGAUCACGGCCCAUUUCAGCGAGGAGGAAGAUGAAAAGACGAGGAAGAAACAGCGCGUGUGUCCGUCAUGCAAGAAAGCUUUGAGCAACGCAUCGAAGGCCAUGCUUGCGAAGCCGUGUGGGCAUGUCGUGUGUCGAAAUUGUGUGGAUAGGUUUAUGCGCUCCUCAGGCCAUCACGAUCCGCAUGCCGAAGACUAUGAUCCGGAGAGUCUACGGUGCUACGUAUGUGAUGCGGAUCUCGUCGACAAGAAGUCGAAUGACAAAGGUGGAAAGAGUAAGAAGAAGGAUAAAUAUAAGGUCAAGCCCGGCCUGGUCGAACUUCGGAGCGAAGGUACGGGCUUCUCAGCUGGAGGGGCGAACCAAGUACAGAGAUCUGGGGUGGCGUUUCAGUGCUGACGAGGCCGCUAUUACUGCGGUUCAGCGGUGCAAGCAUGGCCAUCGGCAAGGUCUAAAGCAAACUCCAUGCAUAGAGGUAUAGAGCCUCGAGCCCAUCUGGUAAGCGCAUCGCCACCAGUGGCUAUUUGGGAAGAAGCAAGAAAACAAGUAUGCGGUCCCCACAAAACUGAACAAUUGAUACCCAGAUAUGAAUCCCAAACUCCACCCACCA